CAUUUCUAGAACCUUACACUGCCCAAUACCUUGAUGCCGAAGAAAAACCCAGAACUCUCCACUUUGCUCCUUUUUUAGCUUAAACUUCAUAUUCCUACACUUCCGUUUUCAUCAAUAAAAGGCGAAACCCAGCCCCCGCAAGAGCUUCAAUCAAACCCCAGAAGAACACAGGCAAACAAUCCUACCUUUCAAAAACUAAAAGGAAGAGAAGAUGUUCUUUUUCUUUGUGGGUGGAUUAGAGCAACAAGCAAGACAAGUGCUGAAAUCAGGUGUGGGAAGGUGCAUAAACUGUGGUUCCAGAGCUGAUCUUGUGGAGUAUGAGAAAGUAUUGAAGCUUUUCUUUGUGCCUGUUUGGAGAUGGCCUGGGAAAGACCCACUCUUGCAUUGUAACAAUUGCAAACUUUUCUUCCCUCAGGAUUUGUCUUUUCCACCUCCCAAGAUCGAUUCUUCAUCUGCUGCCGUUUCAGCGUCUCUGCGUUGCCGUUUUUGUGACAGGCUUGUUGAGCCCGAGUUCAGGUAAAAGCAUACAUGAACCUGGUGAAGAUGUGUUGUGCACUCUUUGGUACUUUCCCAGGCUUUGAUAUCCCGACGUCAACAGUACCAAACCCGGUGGUCGAAAUUCCAUAUCAAUAGGAUAAGGGUCCCAGUAUCCUUGGAGCCCUGAUGACGGUGUAUAGAACUUAACCAAACUGAGAUGUUCGAAUACCAAUAAGGAAGAUACUGUUUUAACACAAUGACUUCAUCUUCACAUUGUGCAAUCGCGUUGAUGGCAGUUUUAAACAUUUUCCAUCUGAUGUGUAUUCCCACUCUGACACAUGUAAAAAAAUGUUUCAAGAACUAGAAAGUUUUAUUCUACAA